AUGACCUCGUGUGGUAAUCCUGCUGCUGAAAUCGAUGCGUUAAUGACUCGUCGUCCCAAGUUUGACCAUUCCAAAGAGUGUGUAAAGUGCAAAGGACGAGUCGGGAACAUCGUAAUACGGCAUGUGGUGUACUGCAGGGAAUGUUUUCUACCUCUCGUCAACACUAAAUUUCGGAAGAUCCUGCAGCCAUCUAUCAAGGAGAAGCUUGAUGGUCCCCGUCAAAAAUCUCUGAAGGCUUCUGGAAAUCUAACCAUGGGCCUUUCUGGCGGCUUGGGGUCGACAGUGCUCAUGGAUCUGGUGGCGAAGAACUACUUCAGGAGCUCCGGCCCUGAAGACAACAAGGGAGGGAAGGAUCAUCCUCGAAAACUAAACGAGAAGGUAUGGAAGGCGGGGUAUGUCUGCUAUGUGGAAGUUUCCGACGCAUUCCCAGGGAUGCGAGACAGCACCGCCGAUAUUCGUGCGAUCGUUGAGAGCUAUAACGUGUUUGAGUUCGUUCCAUUGAAACUCGAAGAUGCCUUUGAUCCCUCUUGGUGGGAUCGGGUUGAUCUUUUGCUCUGCGACAUACCAAGUUCAAAUUUCUCUACCCCCCUCGAUCGCCUGCGUGCUUACCUAUCAGCAAUGCCCACUCAAACAGCACUCUUGAGUAGUGUACAGGCCCUAAUCAGACUCCUCCUGCUCUAUUCAGCUAGAUCUACUCAAUCAUCCCACCUCCUUCUUGGAACAUCCCUCACAUCCCUUUCGAUCAAUCUGAUCUCGGGAAUCGCCCAGGGAGGCGGUUUCGCCGUACGCGAAGAGGUGGAUGAGGAAUGGCAUACUGGCACGGAAAUGACUAUACGAGUCAUUCGGCCGCUGCGAGACCUUACCAUGAAAGAGUGUACUGCUUGGGCGUGGUGGAAUCAUUUGACGGUGGUUGGAGAGACGCCGAUCCCGAGCGCAAAGCAAGGGAUCGGUUCCUUGACCAAAGAUUUCAUCGUCGGCCUCGAGACCGACUAUCCCUCGACGGUCUCCACUAUCGCAAGGACUUGUUCCAAGCUUGCCCCCAAGGAUAAAGCCACAGGGGUUUGCGCAUUGUGCCAACGACCUACACAGUUCAGGGCCCAGCAGUGGAAGUCGCAGAUAUCGAUUCUAUCGUACUCAAACUCAAAAGAGAGCACCGAUCGAAUAUCGCUCGCACCCUCGCUUUGCUAUGCAUGUCACACGAGUUUAACCGGUCGGAACAGCCGCAGCGUAAACCGUUCAGUCAAAAGUCACGAUGAUAUCACAUCCGACGUCCCCAUCCCCCUCCCUGUGUGGGUCCAGUCUCAUGCGAGCAUGCAAAGCAAUUCUCGCGGCUCAGGGACCUCCCUGAUAGACGAUGCAAGCACAGACAUUAUGAAAGUAAGGAAGAUGAAUAGAGAGGAAAUGAAGGAACAAAUAGGAUCGUAUCUUCUGGACGAUGAUCUGUAG